UCGUUCCUUUUUUUUUUUUGGGGGCGGGUGGAGCUAAUAAAGACUCUUUCAGUUCCCCCGUAGAAGUUGAGAGCUUCGCACGCACACACAUUUAGCGACGGCGCUGAUGGACCGCGAGUGGUUGAAUUUAAAGACGUACUCAGCUCAAGUGUCGCCAUCGAGUCCCAAGUUAAGAUGAAAUGAAUGUUCUUUUUUUUUUUUUUUUGGAAUGAUUAGCCCUUUAAAAAAUUGUUCUUGAGACAAUUUCGGCAAGACUUAUGUUUCUGUGCAUCAACAAGGAGAGAAAAAACCCCAAAAUGAUACACAUCACGAAGUUUUUUCUACUUUGUGGUCUGCUUGAAGGCAGCCUUUGUCAGGAGUGGGCGACUAUGUUGCCGUCAUCCGUACAGGGCAUGAGUGGCUCGUGCAUUCGUAUUCCUUGCAGGUUCACGAUGCCUCCGGGCUGGGAUAGUUUCUUGGACCGCACCUGUGCCGCCAUUUGGAUGCGAGGCUAUUACAGGACACUCAUGUUCGACUCCAGACUUACAAGGGAGGAGAGUGCCUUACGGAAUGUCCUGCAGGGAAACCUCACCGGGAACUUGCAGGAAAAGGACUGCAGCACCAUCCUUGAGGACAUGACAGAGCAGUAUGACGACUAUUACUUCAGGCUGGAAUGUGACAACAGUCUCAAGUUCAACUUUGUCCAGAGCGUCUUGGUGUACAUUAAAGAUUCAGCACCCGUGCCCACUAUCAUCCCAAACGAGGCUGAGGUUCAGGAAGGUACCGCGCUGGUUCUGGAGUGCUGGACGCCGGCUCCUUGCCCGAUGUUGCCGCCACUCCUGACGUGGACGCCGCAGCUGGGCGAUGUGACAGAGGUGGUGAAAGAAGCGGAAGGGCAGACAGCGGCGAGGGUCAUCGCAGUCAUGAAUUUCAACGCUUCUUACCAACACAACAGACUGGAGGUGACCUGCAGCGCCAUCUACAGGAGGCAAGCGGGACGCACUGAGGUGUCCACAAAAAGCUUGUUGAGACUUCAAGUUUUGCAUGGUCCUAAGAAUACGUCUGUGAGCUACCCAGGCCCCGUGACGGCGGGCAUGUCGGUCACACUGACUUGCAACACCAUCGCCAACCCUGUAGUGAGGGGCUACUUUUGGUACCUAGUAGGUGGCGAUCAGGUGACGCAAGUGGGAAGAAGGAAACGACUCAUCAUCGAUGUGACGGAAGACUCUCCCAGUUUUCAAUGUGGGGUGAUCAACAGAUACGGAGAGCAAAAUUCAUCCGUCAUCACCAUUGAUGUUCAAUUCCCUCCCAAGGACACCACGGUGAUUGUCGAGCCCCCCGGCGUGAUCCUGGAGGGCACCCCAGUAAUCCUGCUGUGCCAGAGCCAAGCCAACCCGCCCGUGCACAACUACAGCUGGUCCAUAAACGGCGGAGAGUAUCUGGAGAUCGGGGACCUCCUGACCCUCGACGCCGCCCAGCCCAGACACACUGGCGAGUACCGCUGCAUGGCCAAGAACGCGGUGGGAGAGCAAGCGUCUCCAGUCGUUCAUCUGGAUGUUCAAUAUCCUCCGAAGAACACAACAGUGUCCAUGUCGCCACCUGGUUCUUUACCUGAGGGCAGCACCGUGACUUUAAGGUGCACCAGUGUGGCAAACCCGCCGGCCAUCAACAUCACCUGGUAUCGAGUGAACGCCGGGGAGAAGACGCCGAUGGGCUCAGGACAAGAAAUUACAUUCAACGUCACAAAGCUGUCACGGGACACAUUUUAUUGUGAAAAUCGCAACGUUCACGGGGGACAGUCGGCGCAGCCGAUUGCCAUCGAUGUCACAUUUGCCCCAGAGAUCCUGACAUCCUCCCACUGCCAAGAUGUGUCAGCCCAAACACGAUGUACCUGCGACAGCCAGGCCAACCCGCUUCCCUCCCUCCAAUGGGAAUUGUCUGGGGUGCUUGUCAAUCACUCGGACAAGAGCCCCAUCACAGAGGAGGGCCUUGACAGCGCCACCCGGAGGAGCGUCAUCAUCAUGCAACGCCUGGACGGUGAAGAAUUUGUGUCCUCGUUGGUUUGCAUCAGCUUCAACCCGUUUGGAUUUGACACUCUUGCCUUCAACAUGUCCUCCCCUGCUGCUCGGACAGAUGUGACGGUUCUGGUUGGAUCUGCUGUGGGAGUGGUGACCAUGCUUAUCUUGAGUCUCCUGCUGCUCUUGUACAUUUGCAGGAAAACCAAAGGUACCUUUCCCUCUAAUGACAGACAAGCAGACAAUGCCACAGACUUUUUGGUCACCAAUGAGACCCACACUUCUGACGGCAACGCGAUUUACGCAAAUGACAAGGACUUGACCAAGGAUGCGGCGCCAGACGACGAGCAGCUGCACUACGCCCACGUCAGCGUGAUCCAAUUGCAGGCGCGCGACCGCGCCGAGAUACGAGGGCUCUCCUCCGUCACGAGUGAGUAUGCGGAGAUACGACUGCGUCCUGUCGGAGGCGACAAAGGCGAGGAGCCGCGAGCGGAUACUGAACCGGAUCCGGAACCGGAUCCAGUACCGGAUCCAGAACCGGAGGAGGAGAAAAUGGUGGCGGACACUCCUUCUGGACAGGAAGUGGCAAGCGAAGAGGUCGCAGCUUCGAUGGAGUGAAAGCCAUCAGUGGUUCUCAACACACAACUUAUCUUAAAAACUUACCUUGAUGGUACUUCUGGGUGAUACUGGCAUGUAUGUGCAUGGUCGCAUUCAUAACCCACAACAGCAUGAUUUUUUUCCAGGCCCACACUGUGCCCCCCACCCCCACCUCCUGAACAUAAACACAGCUUUGGCCUGGAUUUUUUUUUUCCCCUCUUUGCUCAUGUUUUCCUUUUUUCCAUUGAAGAAACUCAGGGCACUGAGUAACGAACCGCUGGCUUCCCAUUCUGUCUCCCUCUGUUGGUCUUUGUUACUUUUUGUCUUUGGACAGGUUGUGACUGUUAAGACAAAUUCCUGGUGUGCUUGCACAUAGUUGGACAAUAAAGCUGAUCCUGAUUCUGA